UCCAUGUCCACCCCAAGACCAUUACUACAAACCACCUAACGCUACCUAAUAACUUACCAAGUGCAAACGCGAAACCGGACAUCGUUACGAUAUCAUUUCCUCGACGCCCUUCCCAUCCUGAGCGGUUGCCGCCAUGGAUAUGAUAGCAUCGACACUCCUGGCAUUUCCGCCAGGAGCCAAUCUCGACUGCUUCGGCGAUAAUGCGAGCUACAAUACGAGUGUUAAGGCCCACGUUUCCAAGCUCUCUAAGCUACUUCAAGAUCAGAAUGCCGAGUUGAUAGAUCAUGGCCCUGACCUUCUUGACAUUCUCGAUCCUGCAAUCAAUUCACUUUCUUACCUAGCCGUCCUUCAUACCCUGGUCUUCCCUGGCCUAGUCGCUUCUGUACCCCGCGAUCUCAUCCUGGAGAAGUUGGUUUUGUUUCUUGUCACAUUCGAUGCACGACAAUGCCGAUAUGCUAGAAGCCAUUUGCAUGAUGUCUUUCUUGCGGCUGGGAAUGGCCAAUACUUACCUCCUUCAGCUGCUGUCGAAGCGCUCGCGACAGCCAUCUUGAGACUCGAUCCUACCGGCAGCCUACUCACCACCUCUCAUAUCAUCCUCACGAAACUCGCCUACAGCACCAACAUCAUCGAGCCCUCCCUACCGGUAAUCGAUAAGGACAUUGUCUUCUUUCCUGGCAUGGCUAAUUAUGGAGAGCCUAAAUACCUUUGUGACCUCACCCUCCCGCCACCGGCCUAUCUCUCACGAGAGACUGGACUUACCGGUACCUUGAAGCCAUCUCUAGUGCUAGAGUAUGACCUACUCCGUGGAAUGAUGUACUGCUCUGAAAGAAAUUGGACAAAAGCAUUCGAUGCGUUUGAACAAGUCGUAUCGUUCCCUACUCGCGAGGGAGGCACGAGCAAGAUCAUGAUCGAUGCAUACAAGAAGUGGGUGCUAGUCAGCUUACUCUCGAAAGGGAAGCUUGACGAACCCCAAUCAUAUACAGGAGUCGCUGCAAGCAAGCUUUAUGGAAACUUGGGCAAACCCUAUCAAGCGGUCGCGAUAUUGUUUGUGACAGACAACGUUCAGGCAUUGAAGACAGAAGUGGAGAAAAAUAAUCAGCUUUGGGCAGAAGAUGGAAAUACAGGACUGAUUCAAGAGGUUCUGGCAGCUUAUCAGAAGUGGCGAGUUCUGGGACUAGAACAGAUCUAUUCCAAAGUCUCCCUCCCCGAGAUUCGACAGCAGACAACCAGUGCCGAGACGGGCAAGGUACUUGAGAAAGACGAGGAUAUAGAGACGCUCAUCCAGAACAUGAUAAUAUCUGGCAUGCUAAAUGGCGUCAUCGAAAAGAAUGACGACGGCACAAGCUUCCUUACCUUCCUAUCUCCCUCCACGUUACUCUCGGAAGAGGACUUCGCGAGUCAACUUGGCAGUACGGCGCUGCGGCUGAAGCAGCUGCACUCGUUUUUCAAGACAACUAGGGAGCGCCUGGGCACUAGCAAGGAAUACAUUAAAUACAUCAUUAAGGAGGAGAAGCGUAUCGAAAAGAACGAGCCUGAUCCUACCAUUGGCUUUGAUGCCCAAGUUGACGAUGAAGAUUUGAUGGGUGGCGUAGUUGCAACAGGCUAGGAAAGGGGAGUCUAUUUGCCACCCAUUGAAUCGGUUCUGGGGAAUUAGACUUCAUUGUCAUCAGCCGGUCUCAGAUGGUGUUCAGUUUCCGUUGAAACUUCCCUGUUUAGGGAAGGGAUACUAAUCUGAUUAGAAGCAACCGAAACUCACGUUAUCACGACUACUUGCACAUCCCUAGGCGAAGGCGUUCAG